AUGGAAAAUCUCUGUUUGCCUCAGAGGGAGUCAGCUACGUCCCCAACUCCGGCCAUUAGGUCAAGCAUCCGGCUAGACCAGGAGAAUCGGCCCCCUUCCGUUCGACAUUACCGUAGCAUGCUAGUCGUGGACGCUCCGUCUAUUGGCCCUCUCAAGCCGAUGUCUUACGACGAACUUUAUUUCCAUCAACCGCUUGCUGCUGCAAACGGUACAAUAGCAUCGCCUGUGCCGAGCGAGGGCAAGCAAACCUCACCUCAACCGUCGUCUCCCCCGAGUUCUGACCUCAAAUUAACAGCCCCAGCUGCUGCCCCUACAUCGGGCCUAAUCAUCAAUGACAAUAAAAACAUCGUUCGAAGGAAGUUGACCGGCUACGUCGGUUUUGCAAACUUGCCAAACCAAUGGCACCGCAAGAGUGUCCGAAAGGGCUUCAACUUCAAUGUUAUGGUUGUCGGUGAGUCUGGCUUGGGUAAAUCUACUCUCGUCAACACUCUGUUCAAUACGUCUCUGUACCCACCCAAGGACCGAAAGGGACCUAGCCUUGACAUAAUACCCAAGACUGUCUCUAUUCAAUCCAUCAGUGCGGAUAUUGAGGAGGCUGGUGUUCGUCUACGCCUGACUGUUGUCGAUACCCCCGGCUUUGGAGAUUUCGUGAACAACGAUGAGUCGUGGAGACCCAUUGUUGACAACAUCGAGCAACGCUACGACGCCUACCUAGAUGCCGAGAACAAGGUCAACCGAAUGAAUAUUGUAGACAACCGUAUCCACGCCUGUGUCUUCUUCAUCCAGCCUACCGGCCAUUCCUUGAAGCCUCUCGAUAUCGAGGUUAUGCGUCGUCUGCAUACCAAGGUCAACCUAAUUCCCGUCAUUGCUAAAUCGGAUACUCUUACCGAUGACGAGAUUGCGGGCUUCAAAUCUAGAAUCCUCGCGGACAUCAAGCAUCACGGAAUUCAGAUCUUUGAGGGACCUCGAUACGAGUUGGACGACGAAGAGACGAUCGCAGAGAACAAUGAGAUCAUGUCGAAGGUUCCUUUCGCUGUCGUGGGUGCCAAUAACGAGAUCACCAACGCCGAUGGACGUAAGGUUCGCGGCCGUCGGUACCCUUGGGGUGUUAUUGAAGUCGACAACGAGGAGCACUGUGAUUUCGUCAAGCUGCGUCAAAUGCUCAUCCGAACUCACAUGGAAGAGCUCAAGGAGCACACCAACAACGUUCUUUAUGAGAACUACCGAACAGACAAGCUCACCGCAAUGGGUGUUGCUCAGGAUCCUAGCGUCUUCAAGGAGGUCAACCCUGCCGUCAAGCAAGAAGAGGAGCGUGCUCUACAUGAGCAGAAGCUUGCCAAGAUGGAGGCCGAAAUGAAGAUGGUAUUCCAGCAGAAAGUAGCUGAAAAGGAGAGUAAACUGAAGCAGAGCGAAGAAGAACUGUAUGCCCGUCAUAGAGAGAUGAAGGAGCAGCUAGAACGGCAACGACUAGAACUCGAGGAGAAGAAGUCCAGAAUCGAAUCCGGAAGACCCAUAGAAAAGGAAGGCAAGCGAAAGGGUUUCUCCUUACGGAACUAA